AUGGUUCGAAAAUAUUUUUUCCAAACCAUCAUAUUCCUUAUUUUAGGUCAAUCUGUUUCUUCUGGACUUGUAUGCACAUAUGCUUCAUGUUCAGAUUCAAACCCAUGUUCAACAGGAUCAUGUAAUAAUGGAUAUUGUUGCUCAUCUUCAUCAUCACAAGCAUCACCAAAAGUUAUAGUUAUUCCUAAUCAACAAUCAUCAUCAACAUGUAAUGGUUGUAAUUCUAAUACUAAUACAAUGAUGAUUAGUUAUUGUCCUGGUGGUGGACAAUCUUCAGGUCCUUGUAAUUCUGGAUAUUGUGGACAAGGAUAUUCAUGUGUUAAUAAUAAUUGUUGUCCAACAGCUUCUGCUCCUGCUACUAUUACAAUUCAAAGAUGUCCAAAUGGUCAAGCUAGUGCUGGUUAUUGUAAUAAUGGUGGUUGUUCAUCAGGAUAUUCAUGUAAUUCAGCUAGUAAUUUAUGUUGUGCUAUUGUUACUGCUACUUUCGUUUGCUCUGAUGGAACUCAAGCAGCUGGAGGAUGUGUAUCUGGACAAUGUGGUUCAGGAUAUACAUGUAAAUCAGGACUUUGUUGUGCAGAGACUACUGAUAGUGUAAAAUGUCUUGAUGGAACAAUUGCUAUUGGUGCAUGUAUAAAUGGAAAUUGUGGUGCUGGAUUUGUCUGUACAACUGGUAAUAUUUGUUGCCCAGCUGUUUCUGCUUCUGUCUGUAAUAAAGGUGGAAAAUCUGUUGGACCAUGUGUUAAUGGAUAUUGUCCAAGAGGAAUGUAUUGUGAUGAUUUAGAUGGAGUUGGUGAAGGAAAUUGUUGUACAACAUCUCCAAUCACUUGUUCAUCAACAGAAAAUAUUGGACAAUGUAUUGGUGGAAUUUGUCCAGAGGGACAUAUAUGUGAUACAGAUAAUGAAUGGUGUUGCCCAACAUAUGAUACAGUUGCAACUAACCAAGUUGGUCCAUGUGUUGAAGCUGAUGAUCCUACAUUACCAUCAUGUCCUAAUGGAUUUAUAUGUGGUCUUGGUAAUUUCUGUUAUGCUCCAAGUGACUAUAAAGCCGAUUGUUAUGCUUCUGAAUCUAUUGGUCCAUGUACUAUAUUAGGAGAUACAAGAGAAUGUCCAACUGAUUACACUUGUUCAGGAUACGAUGUAAACGCUGGAACAAGUGGAUAUUGUUGUCCAAAUACAGUAGUAAUGAGAGCUCGUAGACGUCACCCUGGACGUAAAGUUGAAUCUUUUCUUAGUCAGGUGCUAAUGAACGAUAAUGUAAGAGGUGAUAUAGAAGCAUCAGCUGUUGAAAAACUCGCCAAUUAA